AUGCGGUCGUUUGUUUUCGUCGUCUGCUUUCUUGGAUUUACAAAUGUCUACGUGCGUUCCGAUCAAGACAUUGAGGCACAGUUCCACGCGAUGGUCGCCCAUUUGCCGUAUCAUCGGUUAAUGGAUGUUAAUGAAACGUGGUGCUUGGAUAUUGCAGGGCGACCGGUGAGUUAUCUUAUGAGUUUAUCUAAGCAUGGCUGCAAACCGGGCCACCGGGCCCGGGUUUGGGAAAUUUGGAAAGCCCGGCCCGGUUCGGCCCGGAAAAUUUUAUACUAGGUUGGAAAGAAAGAAAGCGGGAAAUGAAAAGAAAAUUAUGGCAAAUUUUCGCAAAAUGUAAAGAAAAAUUUAGCAAAACCUAGGUACAUACGGUCACUUUACGUUCGCUAUUAGCAUUGUGUUCGAAAAAAUGAAAAAUCCUAUCGUAAAAGCUUAUUUUUUCCUUUUUUCCGGGCAAAACUCAAAUUUCAAAAAAACCGGGCCGGCCCGGGGCGGGCCGGGCCUGAAAAUCGAAGCCCGGAGCCGGGCCGAGAAAUUAGUCGGCCCGGCCCGGGCCGGAAAAUUUUGCAAAGCCCGGCCCGGAGCCAUGCCUAAGUUUAUCGGGAAAAUAGUGGCGGGUUGUCGUAGCGAAAUGUUUCGCCUAUAUAUAAUAGUUGAAAAAAAGGGGCAGUCUAAAUAUAAAUUUUCAAAAGUGCCCUUUUUCCCUUCAAAAAAAUCCGUCGCGCUUUUGAAAUCGGAGUUUUUCACUUGGAGAGGGAGGUAUUUUGCCACAUUUUUUGAUUCUUCCGGGAUGCCAAAUGGUACGUUUUUUGCUACUGGAUCAAAUCCCCCUUCUUAGGACAAUCUCGCUGCGCCGAUCGCGUAGCCGAAGUGAAAAAAAUUUGGUUUUCCGCGCGACAUGCGGACCUGAUCUAGUGGCAAAAAACGCACGAUUUUGCAUUCGGGAAGUAUCGAAAAUGUGACAAAAUGCUUCCCUCUCCAAGUGAAAAAACCUCGUUUUAAAAGCGCGCGCUCUUUUCCCUCUCAAAAAGAGCGGGCGCGCUUUUGAAAUCUGAGCUUUUUCGCUUGGAGAGGGAGGUAUCUUGCCACAUUUUUUGAUACUUCCGGGAUGCAAACUGGUACGUUUUUUGCCACUGGAUCAACUUCCCCUUUUUAGGACUGAUGCCUAAGCGGCAAAAUUACCAGUUCGAGGCUAUGUUCGGAGAAUUACUGAGUUCUAUCUGUCAUGAUUAUAGUCGUUCAUUAAAACGUAUUAGACUUUUUCUUGCGGCGCACAGUAGUCCCCAAAAAAUCGCCUGAAACAUAAAAAACUUUAAACUAAAACCUGGGCGCAAUUUGGAAAAAUCCUUUUUUUUGGAGAAUGGGCAGAAGUCUAGAACCUUACACCGCGCUCUAAGUGCUUUUGAUGACGUUGGGCACAAAUUUCAAUUAUUUGUUUUACGACGUAUAUGAAUCUCUUUGCUAAGCUCAAACAAACCUACAAAUUUCUUUCAGAUUCCACGUGAAAAUGGCUCAGUUUACUGCUACACUGGAGCCCUGAUUGUACUGAGCGAUGAUGCAUCGGUACGUGAAAAUAUCAUGUCAGUCUGUCGGGGAAAUAAUGUGGCUUAGGCGCAGCAAAAUGUCUCGUCGUAGCCGCAUAUCAAACCUGCAGUCCCCAACCGAUGAUGUUCGCGACGAACCCACAUUAUCUUCCCGACAGACUGACAGUUUUGAUGACAACUGCAUGUGGCCUUCCAUUUUUUUAUUUAGGAGGCUACGGUAUUCCAAUUGGACAAUGAAACUUUACCCGACAAGGUCAAGCAGGCUAUUCCAGACGAAGCAUUUGCAACCGGACUUGGCGAGUCCAUUAAAUAUUUGAAGAGUGUUAGUAGUAAUUCAACAACGGUAGGUGAGGAAUGCAAGAAUAAGUGUCUCCAGCUCCUUUCCGAGAGCCUCUACCAAAAUAAGGUGUAUGCUCUGCUCAGCUUGGAGCCGCCACUGGACAGACAACGGUUCCGAGGGAUGGUCAAACGCAGGGAAUACAACUACGAGCUCGUGAAGGCGGAAAACAUUUCGCUUUAUGCUAGAAUGGCGGUUGAAGGAGUGGCCAACAUCCAUAUAGUCGAGUCUAGUAAGUAAUUUGGAAAGGGCGUGUUCAAAUUACACCCUUCAAGAUGAGCACUGUCGAUCCAUAAAGCCUGUAGAAGUCACGCUCGUCGAGCCUUCGCCGAGCGUCCGCCAACAAUCCAACGGCAUUUCCAGGCUUCGCGGGCACUUCAUACAAGCUUUUUUGGCCUAUUCAGGUUACUGACUGUUAUGUUUCAGACUCCUCUGACCACCCGAUCUUCCAUGCCGUAUCAGAACGAGUUUUGAGACGUGAUUUUGGAGGCAAAGUAAGCGGCUCCAGGUCUGACCGAUAUUUUAGACGACCAGCAUUCGAUUCAUCGAAGAAAAACAUUCGGAGAUGGAAGCCAUGAAUCGAAAUUUUGGGAAAGAAUGUUUUGUGGAAGGCUGCUGGAUCAAAGGUCGAGAGGUGGGGGAAAUUUUCAUUUUUGACAUUGAUUUCCCAUUUGUCAGUCUGUCGGGAAAAUAAUGAGAACAAUGUCGUUGCGCCAAUCGCGUCGCUGAAGAUUAAAAAAAUUUGAUUUUGUCGCGACACAAUUCAUUUUUUCGGCAGCUAUGCGAGUUUUGGAUGCGACAGAGGGCUCAUUAUUUUCCCGACAGACCGAUUCUACGCUUUUUCGAGAGUGCGUAAACUUUUUUUUUCUCCCGCGUACACUGUGAAUUUUUUUUCUUUUUGCACUGCGCGCGAGUCAUCUUCAGCCGUUUUGCACUGUGAAAUCAUCUGUCGGGCCCGCAAAAUUCUCAGCGCACAGUGCGUUCUACCAUUUUUUGCACGGUGCGCGCUUUUCGCAUAUUUUGCACCGUGCAUUUUGACUCAUUGCGCGAAAUCGCUUCAGAAAUGUCGCAGCGACUCGGUUGAAAAUGAAAAUGACUUUUGUCGCGCGAUGUUGCGGUUGCACAGUGCAAAAUGACAAAUGCACGGACGGGGGUUUUUGGCGAUUUUGAACCAUUUUGCACUGUGCAAAAUUGCCUCGACUCUGCGACAAACACUUCAGCCACUUUUGAAAAAGCGGAGCCUGUCGGGAAAAUAAUGUGGAUUUGUCGUCGAAAUUUUUUUUGCCUUAAGGCAUAGCGAUGAUGGGUGAUUUCAAGUCGCGAGGAAUCCACAUUAUUUUCCCGACAGGCUGAUAUUGACCUGUCGGGAAAAUAAUGUGGAUUUGUCGCAGUAAAUUCCCAGCAGCCGCAAGCUGUCGAAAAGCGAUGAUGGGUGAUCCACAUUAUUUUCCCGACAAAUCCACAUUAUUUUCCUGACAGAUUUCUACUCAAAGAAAUCUCGAUUUCCUUCCGUUUCAGAAGUGCUGCCUGAUGGAGAACAACCCUUUGAAAGUCUUCCGCAGAUCCGUCGUUCAAAUUGUCGCGAACAACGACACAUGCUUCGAUUACAAUACCGCCCUCUUGAACGAAACGAUCCCACCCCCGAAUGGGACAGACCACUGUGUGUUCCGAUACAAUCCGGUGCUCGAGUUCAGCCCGAUGGAGGCGCGGAAUGUGCGGAAAGGCGAGUGCAAAAGCGCAACGAUACGUCAAGCCGAGGUGUUUGGAAUCAAGACUUAUGGCAGGGAGAUUACGUGUAAUUUCGAUUUGACGAAGCCGAUCGAGGAGAAUAGGAAAAAGGUAGUUGUUGGAGGAAAUUUUUGAGAUAAAUUUUGGGAUAUGAAAUUCUUGACCAAGAAACGCACAUAUUUUUGAUUGCAGCUACUCAGUCAACAGCGGAUUUGUAUGAACUCUACGGAGAAAAAAGGGAACGCCAUUGCCUGCGAAUAUCUUAUCGAGCGCUCCACCGCCUCCGGAAGCACAAAACUCACCGUAUUGGAGGGAAAGAACAUCUGGGCCGUGAUUCAGGAUGACUUCCGAGAGGUGAUCGUUCCAAAUCGGUGCUUCUUUUUGCGUGAGGAUCAGAAAAAGUGGGUAAAAUGGGUUGAGCCUGAACUCUCCCCCUUUUUGAAUACUCCCCCAUUUUAAAAAUUGAAAAAACGGGGUGUGACAUGUUAUACGAUGAAAAUUUUUUUCAACUUGAAAAAAUUGGGUGUGACAUAUUAUAAGAUGAAUUUUUUUUUCAAAUUGAAAAGAAUAAGGCGUGACAUGUUAUACGAUGAAAAUUUUUUUCAAAUUGAAAAAAAUUUGGUGUGACAUGUUAUACGAUGGAAAGUUUUUUUUCAAAUUGAGAAAAAUUGGGUAUGACAUGUUAUACGAUGAAAAUUUUUUUCAAAUUGAAAAAAAUUUGGUGUGACAUGUUAUACGAUGGAAAGUUUUUUUUCAAAUUGAGAAAAAUUGGGUAUGACAUGUUAUACGAUGAAAUUUUUUUUCAAAGAGAAAAAUUAGGUGUGACAUGUUAUUCGAUGGAAAGUUUUUUUUCAAAUUGAGAAAAAUGAGGUGUGUGAGAAAAAUGAGGUGUGACAUGUCAUACGAUGACGGUAAGAUGUCACACCUAAUUUUAUUCAAUUUGAAAAAAAAAAUUCAUCGUUUAACAUGUGACACCUCAUUUUUUUAAUUUUCAAAAUGAGGGGGAGUGUUCAAAAAGGGGGAGAGCUAUGCCGCAACGGGUAAAAUUACGCCUAACGCAAGCUAAGGCUCGGGCGCAGCUUGGAAAGGGAUUUUUUGGCGAAAAAUAAGGGUUCUUGAUUAAAAAAAAUAGUUUUUUUUAUUUUUUUCGUCUGGAAGAACAUCCGUUUCUCAACAUAAUUUUUUAUGUAAUUUUUCCCAGCUGCGCCCGAGCUUUCAAUAAGCUGUGAUUUUUGGUUAAUAAGAUGCAGAAAGUGCGUAGUUUUUUUUGUUAACUCUCUGACCUUGUCGUAUUUUCAGCGUCCAUUUAUUGAAAUGCACAUGCAUUGGCACCCAAGAAGACUGCUAUACGAACCCCACGGAAUUAUUGAAAGAAGAGAUCUUGGAAGGCGCCGAAAAGGAGAAUGAGAAGAAUCUGCUGACCUCAACGGCUAUUGUAAGCUAAAUUACGCUUUGCUUUGUAUUCACUAUGCUUUAGAUUCACUCCUCGUGUUUUCCGGGGCGAAAAAUUGACAGAAAAAAGGUGGUCGAUAUGUACGCCAGUGCCUAUUGCUAUUUUGUGCAGGAUGCGGACACUAUGGAGAUGGUGGAAGAAGGUGAGUUGUCAAGAAAAAAGAUUUAAGUUAUGGCUCGGGCGCAGCUUGGAAAAAUAUUUUUUUUAGCGCUAAUACCAAUUUCAAGUCCGAAAAUUCUCUGAAAAUUUUUUUCUUUUGUCGAGCCAGACGGGCCCAGGGCGCAGCUUGGGAAUAACAAAAAGAUUUAUUCCGAUAUUUACCAAGCUGCGCCCUACCAUUAGGCAAAAAAUUUUAAAAUUUUUUGAUUUUUUUUUUAUUUUUCAGCAAAAAAAUUCUUUUCUAUAUUUGCAGACGUCUUCACCACCAACAACUAUGACUCCGAGACGAAUCCCCAACUUUCCGCCUCCAAAAUCACCCCAGUCCACCUUGCAUUCGUCUGCAACCCCGAUAACUGGUCGAUGGAAGAGUGGCACGAAGGGUGCAAAUGCGUAACAGACCGUACGCCAAAUACGGAAAAAUCGCAUAAUAUUUGUUGCUGCUUCAGCUUUGCCUACCGUUCGUUUAGGAUAA